AUGGCGCUCGUAUCCAUUAAUGCGCCAGGAUUAAGUAAUGGUCUUCUAUAUAACAACGCGAACAAUAAUGCCCGACUAUGCAUCACCUCAGAAACCGACGAGUUCGACACCGAAACAAUCAAAAACUGGCAAGAUGAAGGCUUCGACGUCGUCUACCUCCCCCUAAACGGUGGCGGAAAAGACUAUGAAGAUCGACUGCGAAGUAUCAAGGAAGGGCUCGGUGUGGGAGAGAACUAUGGAGUAAUUGCAUUCGGCGAAGCAGCCAGUUACUGUCUGGACUACUAUACCAAAUCAAUGAACUGCAGUAGACUCUGCUGUCUCAUCGCAUACUACCCUACCAAUCUCCCUGAUACGCGCUAUCGCUUCCCACUCGGCGUCCAGAUUCUCGUGCACCUUGCUGGGAAAACAAUCGAUGUAACCACCACCCCGACUGCUCUCGGGCUUCAGGGGAAGAGACGUCGCAAGACAAGACCACUUAACCCUGGUGUUGGAACGGGUGAACGGUUGAAACUCGCGUAUCCUGCUUUCACGUACAGCGACGCCGAGCCUGGGUUUGCGGAGCAUGAUAUGGAGGAAUAUGAUAACCUAGCAGCGGAUCUUGCAUGGACACGUACGAUCAAGAACGUGCGCAAGGGAUUUUCUCGUGAUGUGGAUUUGGAAAGUCGAUGGGAGGAUCAUCAAGAGGGCAAAUUCUUCGCGUCAAGUCUGGCCAAGACGAUGGAUGGAUAUGUGAAAGAGAAGACUCCGGCAGUGACAUAUACCUCAACUAUGAGCGGAGCAAUCGGCGCACAGGCAUUGCGUCGCUUUUAUCAGCAUUACUUUCUGGGAAAGCUGCCUCCAUCAAUGCAUAUCAGACUUAUCUCCAGAACCGCGGGAGCAGAUCAUAUCGUUGAUGAGCUUUAUCUCUCCUUCGAACAUACACAGGAGAUUCAGUGGAUGUUACCCGGAGUUCCAGCUACGAACAAACCCGUCGAGAUCAUGAUGGUUAGUAUUGUUAGCUUGCGUGGUGGGCGACUCUACUCGGAACAUGUAUACUGGGAUCAAGCUAGUGUGCUUAUGCAGGUUGGUCUUUUGGAUCCGAAACUUGUUCCGAAUGGAGUACAGGGUGUGGAUCGAUUGCCUGUUAUUGGGAAGGAAGCGGCGCGUCGGAUCCUGCAUGAGGAUCCGGAGCUUGAACAGGAGGAUUAUCAUAAUCGGCUUAUUCGGAGGGCAAAUGCCAAGGCGAGGAGGGAACGGGAUGAGCGGUCUUCGCAGGCUGCGGAGGAAUCGGGCGCUGAUAUGAAAAGUGAGGCGGGAGAUUCUGUUGAAGGUAAAAUGCACGUGAUUAAGGGAAAGUCGGUUCUGGAGAGGCGGCCUCCUAAGUUGGAGAGGGCUGCUACUGAGAAGACGGAGAAGGAUGAUGAGGAUGAAGGUGCAGCCACUGAGACGGAGUCAACGGCCAAGUUUAAGGAUCAGGAAGGUGAGAAGAAUGCCACGGUGGAAGAUGCCAGUGAGCAAGGAAUUUAA